UACACAAAAAGUCUGGCCUGCCUACAUUUUUCACACUAUAAAAGGCGGGCUCUUCCAAAAGUUUUACCUAACACCAAAUCUUCAUUUCUCUUCAAACAACAAAACUUCAAAAACAACACAAAAUCCAAGGAUGUUCUUCCUACUCCUUCUUCUAGCUCUGCUGGCUGCUGGAUUCUUCAUGUUCAAUCAAGGACAAGCUGGAAAGAAUGUUGACCCUGUCGAGCCGGAGCCCAGUAGACGCAGAAGCAAACGUUCCAAACGUUCUACCAAAACAGUCGACACCAUGGCCUUGCUGGAUGACGACGAGGAGUUGCGAAUUGUGGUCGAGGAUGAGCGCCCACUCCCUCUUCAUGUUGAGCCUCCUACAGUCUUUCCGCCUGCUCCAGUUCCGUCUUCUGAAACAUCAUCUGCCGAGAAAACAUCUACAUCUGCUGAGCCUCCUCCAUCUUCAAAGCCAUCUCCUUCAACAGGAACAGAGCCUAAGAAGGAUGCCGAAGGUGCGGACAAGAAAAAGCCUGAAAAGACGAAGGAGAAGUCAUCGAAAGCGAAGUCAACUUCCAAGCGUGGAGGCCGCAAGGAUAGCAAAAGUCCUGCUCCUGCUGCUGGAACACCUGCAAAAGGGGAAAAGACGAAAAAAGGUAGAGUUAUUUUUUGUUAG